GGAAUAAAAAUCAAAUUGUUUUGAAUUUCACUAUUUCCUAACGUAAAUAAAAGAGAAAACUAGUACUUGAAAAGAAUCAAAUUGUCUUUCAUAUUUUCCGAUCACCGGCGUUGAUGGAUACUCCACCGGAAAACGCCGGCGGCAAGGGCCUAAAACCUAGUAUCUCCGUCUACACUGACAAGUUACUAAAUCGAAUUUCCAGUUACUUUCCGGACUGGAAUUUCCUCAAUAGGAGUGGAAACAGCUCAGGAACCGCUAAACGACGUCGUAGAAAGACUUGUCUUCCACUUCCAUUCCCUUCAUUCUCACCUGAAUCUACUACGGUUGUUUGUGAGGCAUCUAGAAUUGCUGGUGUCUUGGAGGACAUUAUGCAGUGCACCUUUUUAAAUUUGCAUUACAUCCAGAAGAACUUAGAAUAUUGGCAUACUAAAGCACAGGGAUCAAAUGCUCAAAAAGCAUACUUCAUGAUAUGUCAGAGAGGACCAAAUGCAUUUUUCAAUGGCUCAGUUCAACUGAUAAGCGAUUUUGUUGGUGAAGUUUCUGGAGUGCAGCAAACAUAUUGUUUGGCAUCUUCAUAUAUAUCCGAGAGGAUAAAUUUCUUGAGUGGCUUAAGAUAUCAUUUGGCUACAUUUUUGGCACAGAUCUACAUGAAGGUUGACAAAGCUGGUGAGGAAUUAGUUAAGGAUCCUGAGAUGUCAUUAUCAUCAUUAUUGGUUGAUAUGAAUGGUUUAUUUCUGAAAUUGGAGGCAUCAAUUGGCCAUUUCCAUGCAGUGCGCCAGCAAAGCUCUUCUGUUGAUGAAAGCUAUUCUUUUCCAUUGAUAUUUGAGAAACUUCCAGAAGUUAAUCAGGAAGGGUCUCAGUGGACUGAUUGUGAGAUUAGAGAUUCUAUCAAUUUGAUCUACCAAAAUAUGGACAGAUUGAACACAUAUUUAGCUGCCAUUGUUACAAUUCACCGGAAGCCCAGAAGAGUUACUCGAUACUGGAUACCCUAUACCUGUGGGAUUGUUGGCAUCUCUAUCUGUUCAUUAUGGCUACUUCGCCAUAGCAGUUUAGUAGGAAGCUCUGACAUUGACAAUUGGGUCCGUGAAGCGAAGGAGUCAACAGUUAGCUUCUGGAAUGACCAUGUAGAGCAACCGCUCCUCCAGAUUAGAGACGAUCUUUUCUACACAUUUCGGAAGAGGCAAAAGGGUGCAAUGGAACCUGAAGAAGUGCAGUUAACUCAUGACUCUCUGCACAGAAUGCUGCAAGCUUUCACUGAGCAGACGAAGGGUGAGAAGCCUCCAGUGAAUCCAACGGACCAGGAAAUGCUUGAAAUAGUAAUGAUGAGGUACGAGAAGGAGCUGAUGCAUCCAAUUCAAAAUCUUUUUUCUGGGGAGCUUUCUCGUGCCCUUCUUAUCCAGGUUCAGAAGCUGAAGCUUGACAUUGAAGAGGCUAUGCUGGAGCUGGAUCAAAUUCUUAGGGCCAAUGAAAUCAAUUUUGCUAUUUUAGCUGCUUUGCCCGCUUUCUUCCUCUCCCUCUUUGUGAUCAUGUUGGUGCGCGCUUGGUUUAAACAGGAUAAGAAAGCAGAAGGCAGGGGAAGGGUUGCCCGAAUUCAACGACGACUGCUAAUUGUGGAAGUAGAGAGAAAGAUUAUGCAAUUAGAAAGCUGCAAAGAUCAAGGACAAGAAAAAGAUGCUCAAUGCAUGUUGGGGUUGGCAUUAUAUUAUCUGGAUCGCUUGUAUUGUGCUGUGGAAGGACAUGCAAGGGCGACUGGUGAAUGGAUAAGUUUGAGGCAGGAUAUCAUUGAUUUGGCGAAGCCAGAUAUUCAAACUGCACAUAAACUCAGGAUUACAUCACGGAUGGAACGGGAGGGCAAAGUAGGAAAAUACAAAUAUGAAGAACAAAAUAUGGCAUACAAUGAAAAGAGAACUCUUAAUCUCUUUUGCCAGCUACCGAUGACAUUAUCCUAUUGCUCUGUACAAAUAUCCAACAUACUGACCAUGAUUAGACAUAUAUUUAAUUUGCUUGGUCCUAGCAGUUCACUAACAUCAACAAAUACUUCCCCGUAUUAACAUUAAAACGAAUUAAAGUUAUAACCAUACUUAAGUUCAUUCGAAGUCUGGCAGUUCACAACCUCUAUGUUGGGGACGAAAUGAGGAGGUCCUUCUCAGAACUCAUAUGGCCACUCAAUCGUAUUGAAUUAGCAAAUUCUGUUAUUAAAGAAAAAAGGUGGUGUUGUCCUCUGUAAUCCCAUAAUCAGAAAAUAUUUACACACUCAAUAUGUAUGAGGUUUUUUUUUUUUUCCAGU